AUGCUAUUGAUUAAACUUUUCUCUCCUCCAAAAAGUUCAUCGCAAUGCAUUUCACUUGAAUUUAUAACACCGGUCAGUUCUUUUAAUGGCAAUGAGCCUAAUACCUCUUCUCUGGUCGAAAAGGAUGAUUCCAGGCAGGAUAUUAUUCUUAACAACCGAAAUGAUAAUCAAGAUAUUCAUUUGGUUCAUCUUGAACCUGUUCAUUUAAAAGACCCUUCUGAAUAUUCAUCAUUAGAUUUAUCACCUAAUUAUUUAAAUCAGUCAACUUCAUCUGAUCCUUUGAUAGGCAGUUCUAUAAAUAAUCAAAUUAAUCAAACUAAUGUAAAUAACAGAAAUAAUACAAGAACAAUAGAUAUAUCAACCCGUGAAGUUGGUGAUGAUGAACCAUCAAAAAGAGUAUCAGAAGGGUUGGCAGAAAUAUUUAGUUCACCUCAAGAAGUUGAAAUGCUUAAACAGAUAUUAAAAAAGUUAUAA